AUGGCCCAGCAGAGGCCAAAAGUGCUCUGCUUGAGCUAUCCGGAGUUCACGGAUAAGGAAUAUCUAGACGAUUUUCAGACCAAGUUUGAGCUCCAUUCCCUGACGUCCCCGGAUCGCGCUGGUCUCGUUCCCGAGCUGGCCGCCCGCGUGCGUAAAGAUGGACCAUUCGACGCCGUCAUUGUCCGUAUGGGGACGAUAGUCUUCGAGCCGUUUGACGAAGAGAUGUUCAAACCGUUGAUCCCGCAUUGCAAGAUCAUUGCCUCUGCUUCUGCGGGAUACAACGAGUUCGACGUUGACUGGAUGACCGAGAAUGGAACCUGGUUCUGUAAUUCUAGAAACGCCGUGUCAGAAUGUACAGCAGACAUGGCCAUCUUCCUGAUCAUGGCGAUUCUGAAAAAUGCUUCUGUAGCUGAACGGUCCGCCAAAGAAGGAUUAUGGAGAGAGAAGGUCACUGGUAUCUCCAGGUCUCCUCGAGGCAUGACUCUGGGUAUUAUUGGCAUGGGGAGUAUCGGAAAGCAUUUGGCUAAACGGGCUGCUGCUUUCAAUAUGAAGAUAAAGUACUACAAUAGAAGCCGUCUCUCCGCUGACGUCGAAGCAGAAUAUAAGGCUACCUACUGCUCGACUCUCGGCGAAUUGCUCUCUAGCUCAGAUAUAAUAUCGGUCAAUUGCCCUCUAAACAGCGCAACUACGGGAUUAAUAGGGAAAGAAGCAUUCGAUCAAAUGAAGGAUGGCGUUUACUUCGUUAACACAGCUAGAGGACGGAUUGUUGACGAAGAUGCAUUGAUUAGUGCCCUGAAAUCAGGUAAAGUCAAGAUGGCUGGGCUGGAUGUAUUUUCCAAUGAGCCGACGAUCAAUCCGUACUUCCUUGAAAGUGACCAGUGCAUUGUGCAGCCACAUCUCGGCGGAUAUACGGAUGGUGCAUAUCAAUUAUCAGAGCUCGAAUGCUUCGAGAAUCUCAAAUCCUGGUUUGCUACAGGUGUGCCUAUUUCGCCGGUUAAUAAGAUUGAGAAACGAUAA